GAAAAACAAAGCACUCCAAUGACGUACUGACUCCUCCUUCAAACCGAUACUCAAAUCCAUAACAUGAAUACCAAACCAUCAUGGUUUCUUGCGCCUCGAGCUUCCCACCCAGAUGGUCCCAUAAAACUGGGUAGCAUCCUCAUCACUCCCACGCGCCCCGAAGAGCCCUUAUAUGAUUCCUCGCACCUGUUGUCCAAGUCGGACAACCUCACUGUAUGGGCCGAGAAAGACUUUACCUUCGACAACUCGAAAGAAAAAGGAGGCAGUGUGGGCAUAUGGGCAUCCUUUCUCGAACUCAUUCUCGGCAUCGGCGGAGACGUGAGCGUUGGGGGUGCAAACGGUGGCGGAUACAAGCUGACGGCGGAAAGAAUGGUUUCGAAGCAAUUCGUGCCGUCGAUGACUUAUCUGCAAGAAUGCAUACAGCAAGAGAAAGUCCGGAGCUACAUCGCGGAGAGCAGGUUUCGGAGCAAAGUGUAUGUGAUUGUGGGUGUCAUGAUUGCUUGCGGAGCCUCAAGUUACAUCAAAUAUAUGAAAGAGCGAAACAUGGCACUGACGCUGGGUGUUGAUGGUACUGCUCUUGGAGUGCCUAUAAGCGCCGGACCCGAGGUGGAGGUCAAUAAUAAGCGUGAGCUAGCGAUUGGCUCCAAAGAGUCCGAUGAUUUUGUCUUUGCGUAUCGUGUUAGAGAAAUCAAGGUCAAGAACUCUGGCAAAAUAGUCCAAAGGGUGAUUAGGAAAGGCGCACUGUUCGAGGGAGACCAGGCGCAGGAAGAUUACGAGGAAUAUCUAAAGUCGGAAGAGCAGCAGGCAGUGGCCGAGGUGGUUGGACUUUCUGAAGAGGAUGUCACAGGUGAAGAUUUCGACUAUGAGGUGAAGGAGACUGUUGAUGAAGCCAACGGUGAGCACGUCCUGUGCUAUGCGCCGGAGGAAUGAGCAUUAGGACUAGCAGACGCCAUGAAGGUUACGGUAUCAUCAUCCUCUCUGUGCGUAGCAAAAGCGCUCACUUAGAAAGUUCAUUGAAUGGUUCCCGAUUCUGUUCUUCGAAACCAUGCCACACCAGUCGGCGACGUAGGCAUCAUACCCGAACGUCAGCAUACGGGCAUUGCGAACCUUGGAAGGAAGCAAGGUCGCUGGCCAGGGAGCAGAGGCACCGUCUCUCUUCCAUGUCCCCUCGCGAUCUCCAAUAAGGCCGUGGACGAAGAGGGUACUGAAGUGAAGCGGCUCGUUAAAAUGUGCAUUAAGUAACCGGAGGAUAUUACUUACUCAAGUACGCUGUUUUCACUAUCGCGGAGCAACUUGAUUCCUG